UCAUUCCUUCACAACGGGUGAAUUACACUGGGGCAAUUCUAGAUUCUCGAUCAACGAGAGCCUUUCUUCCCCAAGAACGGGCUAUAAAACUCUACAAUGCAAUUCAGCAAUUCCGUCCCCAUGCUUUGGUCACUGCACACCAUGCCCAGCGACUACUUGGACUCAUGGCAUCAACAACAUCAGUGAUUCAGCACGCAUGCCUCAAAAUCUGGUCUUUACAGGUGUGGUAUCUCUCCCUCUUCAACCCAAUAUCAGACUCUCCCAUGAUGUUACUGAGAGUCACACCCGAACUAGCAGCCCAGCUAGAAUGGUGGAACACACCACACCAUCUAUUCAUCAGCAGACCUUUCACACCACUUCAACUCACCAUGCAAAUAACCACAGACGCAAGCCCAACUGGUUGGGGAGCUCAUUGCAAUUGUCUCCACAUUCACGCCCUCUGGGCUCCCUCAGAAAAACAUCUGCAUAUAAACACCCAAGAACUGCUAGCCAUUUUCAAGGCUCUUCAUGCCUUCGAACCACCUGUCAUGGGGGGUACUGCCAUUCAAAUAACAACAGACCACACCACAGCUCUUGUCUAUAUCAAUAAAUAGGGUGGCACUCAUUCUCUACCACUACUCUACCUCACAGUGCAAAUCCGGGAAUGGUGUCUCGAACGCCAUAUAUUCCCAAUAGCAAUCCAUAUCUCUAUAAGCCAAAACCAACUGGCAGAUGCCUUGAGCAGAUGCAUCACCCAGAUGUACGAGUGGACCCUCGACAACACCAUCUUCCAUCAACUCCCCAAUCUCUCGGGUUACCCUCAGAUAGACAUCUUCGCAUCGACGGAAAAUGCAAAAUGCCCUCUAUAUUAUUCCAGAGCAGGAAUCGGUCAAGGCUCCCUAGGCAAUGCUCUCAUGACAUCGUGGACACCAGGCCUAAUUUAUCUCUUCCCUCCUAUUCCCCUUCUCCUCAGGACUAUUGUCAAAUUGUGUCAGGAACACGCCAACGUGAUCGUAAUCGCCCCAUGGUGGCCCAGACACCAUGGUUCACCCUGCUCCACUCAAUCUCAACAGAUUUCAACUGUCUCCCUCUUAUAUUCGUCAUAUACCCACCCAGAACCGAGGUCGAACCUUUCACCCCAACAUUCACACUCUCCAUCUUAUAGCAUGGAGGAUUUACCCACUGUAGCUUCUAUCCUAGCGAGUGCCAGGAAACCUGUGACCACUCAAUUAUAUUCAUAUAACUGGUCCGCCUUUAUUAAGUUUGUGACUCAACGUCACCUUCCUACUAUGCCUACAACUCUCCCUGCCGUCCUACAAUUCCUGACUCAUCUUUUUAACAGAAAGCUUUCUCUUUCUACUCUUAAGGUCUACCUAUCUGCCAUAGUAGCCCAUCAAGCACGAGACUCAGAUGCCGCUACACUCUUUCACCACCCCACUGUAAAGCAAUUUCUUGGGGGAGUCUCCAAGAUGCCACCUACUAGACCCCACCUCCCUAUGCAGUAGUCCUUGCAUACCGUCCUCUGACGCCUUACGUUAUCACCAUUUGAACGUAUGGCUAUGACUUCUGAUCACCUUGUUAUGCUUAAGACCAUCUUCCUUACCACCAUCUAGCUCACAGAGCUUCAGAGAUCACUGCUCUUCGCAUUGAUCCUCCCUUCCUUCAAUUCCACCUGGAUAAAGUCACCCUUUACCCUGAUGUGUCUUUCCUCCCUAAGGUUGUCUCGGAUUUCCACCUUCAUCAACCCAUUAUCUUACCUACCUUUUUUCCGUCGCCUACCUGUGACCUGGAACGCUUUCUCCACCUUCUGGAUGUUAGGAGAGCACUGGUUUUUUACAUCUUCAGAUCUGCGUCUUUCUGCAAAUCCAAGAGACUGUUUGUUUCUACACAAUUUACCGCAUAGAGGAUCUCUUGUUUCUGCCCAAACUAUCUCUAAAUGGAUAGUGGCAACUAUCUGCCUUGCGUAUCAAUUGGAGAACAAGCCUCUUCCUGCUGGAAUUAAGGCUCAUUCUACAAGGGCAUUGGUCACUUCUACAGCUUUCCUCAGGGGUGUUUCUGUCCCUGAUAUCUGCAGAUCUGACUAUCUGCAGAUCUGCCACAUGGUCCACACCGUCCACCUUUGCCUCGCAUUAUCGUUUGGAUCUAAGGGCAAAGUCAGAUGCUACGUUUGGAUGAGUGGUUUUGUCAGCUGUUCUUCCGUGAUGUCCCUCCUCCGGACAGAGGCCAUGAAGAAGAAACAAUUCAUCCUGGACAAGUCUCCUAUUCCUUUCAAUGUCUGGAAGGCCGUUCAGAAGCAGCUUUCUCGGUGGCAGCUCCCAGGGGAUGGAAGAGGCUGUCCCUCAGGAGACCUCCGUGGCUUCAGCAGAGGAGUGAAUGAAGUCUGAAGGCCCUGGAAUCUUAUCGCAGUGGAUACGCAGGCAACACUUCUGCCAGCUGAGUGCGUCCUACUCCUGUGGGUUACCUCCCCCAACAGUCCCUGCUGGGAUGAGCUGAGAAUGGUCACAGGUCUUGACUUGCUGCUGCACUUUAAUGCUUGCCCUGUUUGGAUAAGCUAAUAAGAUCAGUGUACACCCACUCUGGAAGUGUCCACUUGCAGGGCGCGCUCCCUCCUCUGUCAACAGCUAAACUGCCUCAGUGGCUGCCCCUGUAUAUUUGGCAGCCGCUAGCCUGUGACAUAUCUUGAUUUUUACCUUCCGCCACUUCAGUGGCCGGGGUUUCAGUCCCAGCUUUGCCAGUGGGAUCAUCUUGUUUGGGAUACACAAGGGGUCAUGCAACAAGAAUGGCUUAUAAGCCCACGCGGGGAACAAGCUUGCUGGUGGUUGGCUCUUGCUCCCCCGAGAGUUAUCCCUGGUGAGCCUGGCAAGCCCUUCGCCUUUGCCUCCACCAGUUAGUUGCCCUUGGUGCCUCAGGAGGCCCCCUCCCCCUCCCCUGGGCUCAGCAGCAUCUCUCUCCUUUCCUGAUCUCCCCAAUACAAAAGCCUUUUGGAUAGGGUGGAUUAAGAUGCCCGUCCGCUUCCUCCUAAACUGGAUUAGCACCCCUGUCUGUGGGUCCUAGAUCGAUCGAUCAAUGUUACCCUUCCCUGGGUGGCACAGGGUCUUCUGGGAUCUCUGUGUCCAAAUGAUAGGACUUUCCCUUGGGGCUCUCCACUGGGUGGCCCCUGGUGUCCUCUUGUUCCAUCACCACCUCCGGUAGCAAAUCCCCAGUUUGUAUGGACCGCUUGACCUCCUUCCCUUCAUUCUCAUUUUUCUUUUCUCCUCCCUCUGCUGCCUCUCAGUCCUCUCUUACAGAGUUCCUAUGUUCCACGGGUUCUUUUUCUCAUCUAGGGGUCGAUCCUCCAUUCCUUGGGGUGUUUUGCCUGACCUGCCCCUUCCUGUGUCCUUGGAUGAACCCCCUCCUCUUUGCCACCAGGGCCUUCCUGGGUUUCAGGUUCUCUCAGGGAGUCCUACGUCAGAGUUGUCUCUCUUCAAGGUGGGGGACUCGGCAGGUUGCAGGGAAGGCGAGAGGGCCCUUAGACAGAGCCCCUUCACUACUUACUGUCUCCGUUC